AUGGUAGAAACACGCAAGCGUGGAUCCUCACCCGUCGACGACCGCCAGAACAACCCGACAAAAAAGUCUCGCACAACUGUCAAGCCCAGGAAGGCCGUCAAGAAUCUUGGCACCUGCUCGAUGGACAAGAAGCAGAUUGGGGACAGCGUCAAAGCAGCACUGGCUUUGAGUAAGUACGCGCUCAAUCGGACACUCCAAAUGGACACGGCCUUCUUCCGCGCCUUCUUCGUCGAUAACAAGGGUCUCACGAACCCUUUGCAAAUCACACCCACAGAGUUCGACGACGGCACCCCAGUCGUCGUCGUGGACGUCGGUCACCACCAAGCGGGCGCUUGGUGUUAG